AUGUCGCUAGUAUACAACAUCAUCAGGCCCAAUAUGCGGGAUCCCCUACCGCCGCCACCACGGCUUGUUCAGCUCAGUAUUCCAUGGGCUGAGAAGCUGGGGUUGACCACCCUUCCAUACCAUGUACAUGAAAUACUGUUUGGCUUCAUCGGCUAUCACCUCGUCCUCAAUGUCCUGUCGCCAGCGCUCUCGCGACUCCUGUGUCCCAAGGCAUAUGCUGGCUUCAACAAGCGCACACGGCUAAACUGGAACAUUCACUGGGUGUCCAUGAUCCAGGCGCUCUUCAUCAACAGCGCAGCCCUGUGGGUCAUCUUCAAGGAUGAACAGCGACAUGAGAUGGACUGGAGGGGUCGAUUGUGGGGCUACACGCCGGCAAGCGGUAUGGUCCAAGGAUUUGCGGCUGGUUAUUUCCUCUGGGACCUCCAGAUCUCUUCGCAAUAUCUCAGUCUCGCUGGUCCAAGUGCUUUGCUACAUGCAAUCGGCGCUCUAGCAGUAACCUGUAUCGGAUUUAAACCAUUUGGGAACUACUACGGCCUCUCCUUCGUCCUCUACGAACUCUCCACGCCCUUCUUGAACAUACACUGGUUCUGCGACAAGUUGAACAUGACCGGUUCGAAGCUCCAGCUCUAUAAUGGUAUUGCGCUGCUCGUCACAUUCUUCGCUUGCCGUAUCGUAUGGGGUACAUACCAGUCCGUCAUGAUCUACUCCGACAUUUACAAGGCGCUCACACUCUCGUCGACUGGCAUGAUGGACCCGCUCGUGGAAAAUGUCAAGUGUGAGGGGAAUGCGAGUGAGGGAGGAUAUGGUGCGCCUGGCAGCUGCACGAGUGGCGAUUUACCCAUGUGGUUGGUCUCGGUAUAUCUGGUCGGAAACACGGCGUUGAGUCUCUUGAACAUUUACUGGUUCACGCUGAUGGUGAAGGCUGUGAAGAAGAGGUUCGUGCCAAAGGAACAGGAUGGCAAGAAAGUGCAAUGA